AUGCGCGGUCGGAGACGGCCGGCGGCCGCCUCCUUCCUCCGCCGGCGAGGGGAGGAGGGAAGCGGCGCCAGGGAGGAGAGCCGGGCCCGUCGCCCGCGGGGAGGGAGCCGCGCUGGCGGCCGGCCGGGGCCUGUGCGGGGCGGGGAGGCCGCCGCCCAGCGGGGAGCGGGGUUCCGGGGCAGGAGCGGGGCGGCCCGUGGGAGGCGCCGCUGGGGCCCCGGGUGUCACCGGCGGGGUCGGGGAGCCCCUGCCUUGGGGCCACCGUCAGCCCCAGCCGUCACGGCUCCGCCCCGCGCGGCAGGGUGCAGCGGGCCUGGCGCUCUCCCGGGCCGGGCUCCCCCCUCCGUUAGUGAGGGCGGUGCCGCCGAGGGGAGCCCGCCAGAGCCGCCCCGGAGGGAGAGCCGGAGGAGCAUGGCCGGGGCGGGCAGCCGCCGUCCUCCCGCGCCGGGUGAAGAUGUCAAACCGUUUACUCCUGAGCAAACCAAGGAAAUUGUGAUGUCUCUACAGCAACCUGCAGUAUUCUGUAACAUGGUUGACGACUGGCCAGCCCUGCACUGGAAUGCAAAGUACCUUUCUGCAGUGUUGGAUGGAAAGAUAGUCCAGUUUAGGCUAGGGCUGAAGACAGUGGAUUUAGUUCCUCAAUUUGAAACCAGGUGUAACUACGUGAAGGCGACACUUGAAGAGUUUUUGGCUUGGAGUUGUGGGCAGCCUUCUUCUCUCUCUGGACCAUUCAGUUGUUACGAGUACUCCAAAUACUGGGCUUAUGCUGACUACAAAUACAUCGCCAGGAUAUUUGAACACAAGCCAGAAUUUUUCCAGGAUAUAAGGUGGUCUGACUUUGGUUUCCCUGGAAGAAGUGGAAAAGAGAGCACACUGUGGAUUGGUUCUGAAGGAGCAAACACCCCCUGCCAUUUGGACUCCUACGGCUGCAACUUAGUGUUGCAAGUACAGGGAAGGAAGAGAUGGCACCUCUUCCCACCUGGUGACACCAGUUUCCUUUAUCCCACCAGGAUCCCUUAUGAGGAAUCCAGCGUAUUCAGUAAAGUCAACGUUGCCAACCCUGAUCUGAAACGCUUUCCCGAGUUUAGGAACACAACAGCCCACAUUGUUACACUCAGUCCGGGACAGGUCCUGCUCGUUCCAAGGCACUGGUGGCACUAUGUGGAAUCCAUUGAUCCCGUCACAGUCAGCAUAAACUCUUGGAUUGAACUGGAUGCAGAUCAUGAAGCCCGUGUAGAAGAAGCAAUAACUCGAAUGCUGGUAUGUGCCAUAAAAUCAGCAGAAAAUCCAAGUGAUGGAGAUCUCUGGCUAAAUCCCACAGAGAUUGAGGCAACAUCCCAUGAAAUCAAUCUUCAGUACCUGAAUAAAGCAGUGUCUGCAUAUUUGAAGUGUCAAAAGGAAAGUGUGUCAGAGCACACGUGUUCCAGCAACAGUGGUGCAGAGCAAAGGACAAGUGCCUUAUGCAAGAGGAAGAAGAGGGAGGUUGGCUGUGAACCAGAGGGCUGCAGAUUACUAGCCCAUGAAUUUGCCUUUUCAACAUUUAAAGCAGAAAAGCUGCAGAAAACACCUUUUGGGCUUCAUCUUAUUCAGGUUUUACCACAAUCUCAAGAAACAAGCUCAAUGGGUGCAGUUGCAGUUGAAAGUGAUGGUAGACCUCUUCUCCGCGAAAAUGAAGGAGGACAUUUUGGAAAAUUACACUGCACCAGGAAGCAAUUGGUAAUGAGUAAUGACUGUGAAAUGCCAGCACGUCAAAUGGAUUCAGACGGCAGUCCAAAUGCCUCGCAAACAGCCCUUUCUACCAACGAUUUGCUCGACUGUUUGGUUAAUCCACAUGUCAUCAAUUUAGUGGCUCGGCUGCUGUUGGAGAGAACAAAAGUUUAAUGCCGGAGUGCUUUUAUCAUUCCUGAAAUAAAUCAAAUGGCAGCCUUGUUGUGGGUGUUUAA